AUGGUAUUAUUAGCACCAGAAAUGAAACCGAAAGCAUGUAUUGAAUUUAUAGCGGAAGUUUUGAUUUUACAUCAUCCAACCACUAUUUCCGUGGGUUAUCAAGCUAUGGUACAUGCUGGACCAGUAAGACAAACUGCAACAAUUUUGAAAUUAUAUUCACAUGAACAUUUACGUACGGGGGAUAAAGAUAUGGUUGUAUUUCGUUUUAUUAAAUCACCAGAAUAUUUAUACACUGGGUUGCGUUUAAUAUUUCGUGAAGGUAAAACAAAAGCUGUGG